UUCUGGACAGAUUCUGUCUUUGUUAUAGGGAUGUCUUGUUUGAUUGUUGUGUGAUAUGUUUGGUGUGAAUGCUUGCUGCCAUGAUUGUGAUUAGUUUGGGUAGUCUUUUCCCUGUAGUUCUAUCUAUCUAAAACUCAUCUAUGCUGACCCAAACAGAUGUCGCCUCGACGUGCACGCACUGGCAACAACACCGACAACAACACUGGGAACAACAACCCCAAUCCCGAUGUGCAACUGCUGAUCAACGCACAGGCACAACUCAUGCAGACAAUGAAUCAGUUCAUAGCGAACCAGAACCAGAACAACAAUAACCACCACCACAACAACAAUAAUCCACCUCCAGGGGUAGAUAUGCUCACAAGGUUCCUGAGGUUGAGGCCUGCCAAGUUUUCUACUGCACCUGAGCCAAUGAUAGCAUUGGACUGGCUGCGUGCUGUGGACAAGGAUCUGGUGACAGUGGGAUGUACUGAAGCUGAGAAGGUGAUGUUUGCUGCUCACUUGCUUGAAGGACCAGCUGCAUCAUGGUGGGAUAAUUAUCAGAUAACUCACCCCAUUGCCGGUAUCACGUGGGAAAUGUUUCAAGAAGGGUUUCGCACAGCUCAUGUUUCAACUGGAGUUAUGACCUUGAACAGAAGGGAGUUCCGAAACCUGCGCCAGAACCACCGUACUGUGGCCGAGUACAUAGAGGAGUUCAGUAACUUGGCGCGCUAUGCACCGGAAGAUGUGGACACUGAUGCAAAGAGGAAGGAGAGAUUCCUGGAUGGUUUGCAUGAUGAUCUUGCUGUUCAAUUGUCCAUUGUGCAUAUUCCUGAUUUUCAGACACUGUUGGACAAAGCAACAAUUCUUGAGGGAAAGCAGAAGCAGGCUGAGAACCGCAAGAGGAAGCAUAGCAAUAACCACAACAACUCAGCGCCGCAUCACAGGACCCGCACAUUCCAUGAUGGUAAUGGAAGUUCUGGACAGCAUAAGCAUGGAGGCAAUGGACACAACCACCAUGGUGGGAAUGGACAUCAGCACAAAGGAGGAAAUGGCCACCACCAUAAUGGCCAGAAGCGUCUUCACCACAACUCUGGAAGAGGUAAUGGCCACAACAAUGGAGAUAGCAAUGGCCGAAACCGUCCCAACAACUUCACCGGCAGGGAUAUCAGCCAAGUGGAGUGCUUCAAAUGCAGGAAGACCGGGCACUAUGCUAGUGAUUGCCCGGAGAAGAAGGAUGUGAAUGCGAAGCCAACUCCGUUUCAGAAGGGACAUGUCAACCAUGUCAACGUGGAGGAAGUCUAUGAGGAGCCAGACGCCGUGAUUGAUUGCCCGGAUUGCAACGAGUGCGAUUGCGACGACUGUCUGAACACCGACCAAGGUUAUUCUGAAGACGAGUAAGGAAUACCGUAGGUUGCGAGCUUACACCCAACAUGUUCGCCUGUGGCGUGAUGGAGCUCUUCGCUUAUUUAUUUGCUGCUUGAACUAUGUUAUUUUCAGCUAGCCUUGAGCUAUGCGCUUUGUAAUAAUUAUACCAUGGAUCAUACGUUGUAAUAAUUGACGCAUUUGCUAUUCUGGUUAUGCA